UAAAGCAACAAGCAUCUCUACUAUAUAAGUUCUGCAACUUAUACUUACAUCGCCAGAAAUUUUUUUUCCAUCUCAUAGUGAUAAAUAUCAAAUUGACCAUGGGAAAGAAUUUGAUCUUUACGUUACUGGCAAGGUUCUACAUGCUUCUUUGUGUCGCUACAUCUUUCAGUAGCUCCAAUGAUGAGUCUGCCCUUCUUGCCUUUAAAUCUCAAAUAAAUGAUCCCAACAAAAUCUUGUCUUGGUCUCAAGAAAUUUCCUUUUGUUCUUGGAUCGGCAUUACUUGCGGUCAUAGGCACCAAAGAGUCACAGGCAUAAAUGUUUCAAAUAUGAGCCUAGAAGGGACUAUUGCUAAAGAAAUUGGUAAACUCACUUUUCUGAAAUCCUUGGAUAUCAGCAAUAACAGUUUCCAUGAUUUCAUCCCUGAUGAAAUUGGUAAUAUUUCGAGACUCCGAGAAAUAAAGAUGCAGUACAAUGAGUUAAAUGGUCAAAUUCCUAGUAGUUUCGGAUUUCUUAAAAAUCUUCAAAAGUUAUAUCUCUUUGGAAACUCUUUCACUGGAGGAAUCCCAAUCUUGGUGUUCAACCUCUCUUCUUUGGUAGAAAUUCAGUUAGGAAUCAACAGCCUAUCUGGAAGUCUUCCGAUGGAUAUCUGCAAUAAUCUUCCAAAGUUAGAGACGCUAUGGAUUCCACUGAAUCAAAUAGGUGGCAUUAUUCCUCCGAAUUUGGGAAGAUGCACCAAGCUUAAGCUACUUUCGUUGGCAAAGAAUAAUUUCAGUGGAAGUAUUCCAAUGGAGAUCGGGAACUUGCCACAGCUUCAAAUUCUCCAUCUAGAAAAAAAUAAUUUGACGGGUACUAUCCCAGUUUCAAUAGGCAACUUAUCAAAUUUGGAGUUUUUCGGAGUUGCGAGUAACAACAUUCAGGGUCACAUUCCAUCAGAAUUGGGACGUCUGUCAAAUUUAAUAUUGCUAGAUUUUUGCUAUAACAAUCUCGAAGGUGAAAUACCUGAAUCUAUCUUCAACCUCACCAAGUUACAGCAAUUUAGUCUAGUAUACAAUCAUAUAUCUGGCAAUCUUCAAUCAAUAGCUGAUGGACUCCUUAAUCUUAAGUUUUUUACUCUGGCUGGUAACCAAUUAAGUGGUGAAAUUCCUAGCUCUAUUUCAAAUAUUUCGAACCUUAUUACGUUGGAGCUUGGUAACAACUCAUUUAGUGGACAUGUACCCAUGAAUCUUGGGAAUUUACAAAACCUCCAAUACCUAGGGUUAGCAGGUAAUCAGUUGACAAAUGAUCCUUCAUUGUCGGAAUUGGGUUUUCUUACUUCCUUGAGAAGCUGUAGGGACUUGAAGAGCUUAGUAAUAGGAUUCAAUUAUUUUGAUACAAUGCUACCAAAAUCAUUUACCUUAGGCAAUUUGUCAGCAUCCCUUGAAAAAUUUGAGGCUAACUCUUGCGGUUUCAAAGGCACGAUUCACAAUGAAAUCGGUAAUUUAAGCAACUUGAUCUUACUGAACAUGGGAAGCAAUAACUUGAGAGGGAGAAUUCCAGAGACACUGGGAGAACUAAAGAAGAUGCAGUCACUCGUAAUUGGUUACAAUAAACUGGAGGGGACGAUACCUGUCAGCUUUUGCAAUUUUGCAGAUUUGUACCGCCUAAAUUUAGAGGAAAAUGAGCUCUCUCAAGAGAUACCAGGUUGUUUAGGAAACCUCACAUUCUUGCGAAUGGUUAACUUAUCUUUCAAUGGGUUCACUUCCACUAUCCCAUCAGCGUUUUGGACUAACAUGGACCUUGCUAUUGUGGACUUGUCUUACAAUUUGCUCGUUGGUACUUUGCCAUUAGAAAUUGGCAGUGUGACGGGAAUGAGAGAAUUAUAUCUAUUGGGAAAUCAAUUCUCAGGAAAUAUUCCCAGCACUAUUUGGAGGAGACUUCAAAGUUUGGAAUUUCUGAAUUUGGCAGAAAAUAAGUUACAUGGUCAUAUUCCUGAGACAUUUGCUAAUUUGACUGCAUUGCAAUAUUUGGAUCUAUCCCAAAACAAUCUCUCUGGUGUAAUUCCCAAGUCACUCGAAUUGCUUCAGAAUCUGGUGUAUUUUAAUAUUUCAUUCAAUGAUCUCAGUGGUGAAAUUCCAAAUGGAGGACGUUUCAAGAACUUGACAGCAGAUUCUUUCAAGGGAAAUAGAGAAUUAUGUGGAGCAUCUCAAUUCAAGGUCAUUCCAUGCAAAGGUAAUAAAUCCAGCUGGACAAGAUUUUUGAAAUAUAUUGUACCACCAGUUGCCUUCGUAGUAGGUCUAGCCAUUAUUCUACUGGUAUGUUUAGACGCCUCUUCCACCUCAGCAACCAAUGACUUUGGCGAAGACAAUCUGAUCGAUAGAGGCAGUGUCGGUUCAGUUUACAAGGGAAUAUUUUCCAAUGGGAUAGUAGCUGCUAUUAAAGUUUUUGAUUUGGAUAUCGAAGACGCAAACAAGAGCUUUGAUGUUGAGUGUCAUAUAAUGUCCAACAUUCGUCACAGAAACCUGGUCAAGGUAAUUAACAGUUGUUGUAACCUUGAUAUCAAGGCCCUGGUCCUAGAAUACAUGCCUAAUGGAAACCUCAACAAAUGGUUGUACUCUUGUGAUUCUUGCCUAGAUAUUGCUCAGAGACUGGACAUAAUGAUGAAUGUGGCAUGUGCACUUGAAUACCUACAUCAUGGGUAUCCUUCCCCUAUUGUCCACUGUGAUUUGAAGCCCAGCAACAUACUUCUAGAUGAGAAUAUGGUUGCACGUGUAGGAGAUUUCAGCAUCGCCAAACUAUUUACAAAAGAUCAGAGAAUUUCGCAGACAAAAACUUUGGGAACAAUAGGAUAUAUGGCACCGGGUAAAAUUUCUCUCGACUAUAUUGUUAACUUUUACUCAUACAAGUACACUUAA